AUGACCAGCCUGAUAUCCCGAGAGGUAGAUAUUGUCUUCCUGGACUUCAGGAAGGCCUUUGCUACUGUCCCCCUCAAGAUCCUCCUAGAGACGUGGCUGAUGUAUGGUCUGGAUGGGCAGACCAAAAAGCGUCACCCACCAGAAAGGCAGGAGGAUUCUGAAGCUCAUUGUAAUGCUGCUUCCAAUCCUUUUUGGACCUCACUGGUUUCAACUGACCAGAAAAGGCAGGAGCUAAAGGAGAAGGAAGCCCAUGCGUCUGCUGCAGUGGAACAAUUUGUGCAGGCCAUGAGCGAGGUUCUGGAAGAUAAUCACAUCCAAUGGGAGAAGAGAGAGAACAUUCUGCACUUGACAACGGAUGCAUUUGAAAAGGCGUUUAAAAUCGACACCUGGAUGCCUGACUGGGCCCUGAAAUCCAUAGGUGCCACAAUUGAUAUGGAGAGGACAUCCAAGAGUUAUGGUGGGAAAGGCAUGAAGAAGCGGUGGAUUUUUCCACUCUUUUCUUUUGCAAAACAUCCAGAGGCUAUAUUGCAGCCAAGUAUCUCCCCAGGCGACUGCUGGGCCUUCCGAGGAUCUCAGGGACACGUCGUCAUUCGGUUGCCGGUGAAAAUCUGGCCAACAGCUUUCACCAUCUGACAUAUCUCCAAGCGAGUCUCUCCUUCCGGGGAAGUCAGCAGUGCCCCAAAAGAGUUUGCUGUCUCUGGAGUGGAUGAGGACAAAGCGGAAACGCUGCUUGGGCUAUUAAUCUACGACGUGGACAGAGUGAUUGCUCAGACCUUCUAUGUGCAGAAGGAGCCUCCCAGAAUGUUCCGCCAUAUCAAAUUGGAGGUGCGAAGCAACUGGGGAAACCCAGAAUACACCUGUAUCUAUCGAGUGCAGGUUCAUGGGCAGACAGAAAAUCCACAAGGAUUUCUUAAAAAAAAAAUUUCUUGA